AGGAGGACCGUUCAGAAAGGAAAGCUCAUGGAUUUCACCAGCACAGUCAUCCUGCCCCUGCUUUUUGGCAGCCUGGGGAUCUUCGCCCUGUUCCGGGUGCUGCAGUGGAUGCGGAUGCGUGCCUACCUGCAGGAAGCAGUGGUGGUGAUCACAGGGGCCACCUCUGGCCUGGGCAAAGAAUGUGCAAAAGCCUUCCAUGCAGCUGGCUCCAGGCUCGUGCUCUGUGGCAGAGACAGUGAGAAGCUCAAAGACCUGGUGCAGGAGCUUUCUGCCAUGACCAAUCACCAGAAGAACGCACACAAACCUCACACGGUGGUAUUUGACCUCUCUGACACCAAAGCUGUCCUGAAUGGUGCUGAAGAGAUCCUGAAGUACUUGGGUCACGUGGACAUACUCAUCAACAAUGCAGGCAUCAGUUUCAGAGGCACAAUUGUGGACACAGGACUGGACGUGGAUAAGAAAGUGAUGGAAACAAAUUAUUUUGGUCCUGUAGCCCUCACCAAAGCACUUCUCCCCUCCAUGAUCAAGAGGAGACAAGGCCACAUUGUGGCCAUCAGCAGCGUUCAAGGCAAAAUAAGCAUUCCUUUCAGAUCUGCAUAUGCUGCCUCAAAGCAUGCCACCCAGGCCUUCUUUGACUGCCUGCGAGCAGAGGUGCACCAGUAUGAGAUCGACGUGACGGUGGUGAGCCCUGGGUACAUCCAGACCAACCUCUCUCUCAACGCUGUCACCUCAGAUGGGUCUCGCUACGGAGUUAUGGACAAGACCACGGCCGAAGGACAGUCAGCAGCAGAGGUCGCCCAGGUGGUUCUCAGCGCCGUGGGACAGAAGAAGAAGGAAGUCCUGGUCGCUGGCCUGACACCCUCCCUGGCUGUCUACCUGAGAAACCUCUUCCCCAGGCUCUUCUUCACCUUAAUGGCAACUAGAGCAAAAAAGGAGAGAAAAACAAAGGACUCUUAG